AUGGCCAAGCACCUGCAACACCUGCAGAUCGCCGGCAACGACGACGCGAAGCCCCUCAUCGCUUCGCCGAGCGUUUGCGACAUUUGUAGUUCCUACGGGCACCCGUGGAUCGAGAUAUGCAAGGCCAUUCGCGCGACCAAUGCUAUCGAAGGUGGCGACUUGUCUCUUGAAAAGGGCGCGGAAUACGAGGUGCUGGACGAUUCCCAGGAGCACUGGUGGAAAGUCAAAGACGAGCAUGGAUCGAUCGGCUACAUUCCCAGCAACUAUGUCAAGGAAAAGGAACUGCUCGGCCUCCAAAAAUACGAAUGGUACGUGGGCGAUAUGUCGAGGCAGAGAGCCGAGUCUUUGCUCAAGCAGGAGGACAAGGAGGGCUGCUUUGUCGUGCGCAACUCGUCGACGAAGGGCCUCUACACCCUCUCACUGUACACAAAAGUACCUCACCCGCACGUGAAGCACUACCACAUCAAGCAGAACCAACGGGGCGAGUUUUAUCUCUCGGAGAAACAUUGUUGCGGCUCGAUUCCCGAUCUCGUUAAUUACCACCGGCACAACAGCGGGGGACUCGCCAGCAGACUCAAGGCCAGCCCUUGCGAUCGACCCGUUCCGCCGACCGCUGGACUCAGCCACGAAUUCAAUUCCAAGUACUUGAACCACAUUUAUCCACUAGAGGCACGAUUUGACUGA